GGGCAGACUUAUGGUGGAGCAGUGAUGGAGCACUGUGGACUGCCUACAUUCCCCUGUGCUGCUCCAGGGAAGGAGGUAGAAGAGGGUGGACGGGAGGAAGACAGUUUUACUUUGCUUCUGGUUCUCACCGCUCUGGUCUGUUAGCAGUGAGCAACAAACUGCAUUCAUUUCCCUAUGUUGAGACUGUUUUGGGCAUGAUAGCAAUAUGUGAUUAAUCCUCAGUCCUUAUCUUGACCCUUGAGCACAUUUCCAUCACCUUUUCUCUCCCUCUUUGAGGACAGGAGUGAGAAAGCCCAUUAGGUUGAAACCACCACAGGUGUACUUAUUUUCACAAUAAAAUGCUGCUAGGCAUGCAAAAAAAGCUCACGUGCAAGUAACAAACACCUGAGGAAAACACUGGAGAGCCAUUCUCUCCACCAGUGACAAGAAUGACAGCACAGACCACAGUAACUGAAAUCAACUGACCGAAGCGCAGAAUCAGAAAUGAAAAUUGCAUUAGUCAAAAUGUUGUUUUUUUGUUGAUGCAUAAAACUAGCAUGUAAACUCUCAACAAGGCAAGUCACUGAAGAUGGGAGAGCCUUUCUCCUAGGGAGGAAAUGGGAGAGUGAUCACACAACAAGUUAUUGUUUAAUGAGAAACUGAGAGAAACUCAGACAUGAUAAGAAUAAUAGCAUGAUGUUAUAGAUUGAGAAGGAAAACAAAUUAGACUUGCAGUAUACCAGCAAUUUAAUACCAGUUUUGAAGUCCUCAAGCCAAGAUUUAUGAAGAUCCUUAAACAUUCACUUCCACAUAACUGAUUCUUCAAAAGUGACUAGAUGGCAACUAGUCUGUAGGGAAUUGUUAUGUCACAGCCCAAAAUGAUGAUUGGGCACCUGGUGAAGGGGGUGGCUGGCCCAGGAAGCACAGGUGCAAGAGAUUCAUCUGUGCUUUCCACAUGACUGAAAGAGGUGGACCCAGAGUCCACCCCUCCGUGGGCUUAUUUAAGGGCUUUCCUUGGAAGGGAGAAUAUCUUCUGGGUGAGGGCUGUCUGUUAAGAAGUGGUCAGAGGCCUCCAUCACCAGCUGGCAGCUGGAAGCCAUUUGUGUUCAAGUUCAGCCAGGACAGAUGAAGGAAACAGAAAGGCCAGUGCCAUCCUUGGCACCAGUCCAGUCCAAAACUGUAAUGCUGAGUCAGUCUGUUGGUAGAAAUUCUAGCAUGCCAGGACUUGGCAUUAUUAAUCCUCAGAUAAUUAAGAUACAGCCUGUUACAGGACCUGAGCAGCAGCAGCAGCUUUUCCUGCAUAGUUCUUCUGAGUCUCCAAUUCAGUUGCUUAUGCAGAAACCUUUACCGUCUCAUGGAUCAGUGCCUGUGAACAAGAUUCCUACAAGUAAGGUGCUAAACGGACAGAAAACUGCACGUGCCACAGUAUCACCUGCAAGGUCUUCAAAUAUUGCAGCCAGCUCAACAAACCCUCUGAUGCCAUGCCUUGAAAAAAAACAAAAAGAUGACAAGCUAAAAAAGUCUUUGAAAGUGAAAACUCGUUCUGGACGGAUUUCCCGCCCUCCAAAGUACAAGGCUAAAGAUUAUAAAUUCAUUAAAAUGGAGGAUUUGGCUGAUAGUCAUCAGUCUGAUUCUGACGACUACUCUGAGCUGAUUAUAGAAGAUGAUGAAGAAGGAAAGGUGAAGGGAAAGGAUGCGUUGUUCAGUUCUUCAAAUUAUAAUCUGAAACCCAAAAUGUUUAAGUGUCAGACUUGUGAAAAGUCCUAUAUAGGAAAAGGAGGAUUAGCAAGACAUUAUAAACUUAACCCUGGUCAUGGACAGCUGGAGUCUGUACCUCAAAAAACGUCCUUAAAUAAACCUAAUGGAAGUAUAUCUGUGGACAACCUCUGCGGAAUAGGAGAGGAAAUUAUGAGUCCAGGGCAUUUGAAUUCCCUUGCUGUCACUUUAAAUAAUGAAAAUGCAUUACCUACCAAUUUGGAAGAAACUGCUGGCUCACAGGUUGAACAGACUUGUAAAUCUGCAGAAAGCAGAAACCUGUUGGCAGAACAACAGAACGAAAGCAGUUCAGGACAGCGGGGGCCCAUAACAGCAAAAGGACCUGGAAGACCCAGACGACCAAAGAGACGCGGUCGACCAAGGAUGGGUGGAAGAUCCAGGUGUUCUGGAAGGCUUAGCAGACCUGGUCAGUCCCCUUCAAAGUCCCUUAGUAGUGUGUCAACAGAGCGCAAUGUGUUCAGAAGAAGAGCUAGGUUAAAAGAGCUAAUACAACAAUGUGAUAAUGAAGACUUGAUGGAGCUGGUUCUCCCACGUCUUACAGAGCUUGUUACAGUGUAUGAAUUCCUGUUGAUGAAGGUUGAAAAAGGUUGUCCAGCCAAAGCUUGCUUCCCUGAUGUGUAUAGAGAAUUUGAAGAGUUGCAUAAUAUGGUAAAGAAAAUGGCUUAUGAUUACCUCAGUAAUUCUGAUUUUCUGAGCUGCCAGCAGCCUAUUGAAAUAAAAGAUGCUAAGGUUGCCGAAUCACUAGGAAUUACAGAAAUAACCUCUGGUGAACAAAAGAUGCAAGGUGUAGACUCUUGUUCACAAUGUAUAAUUAAAAUGGUUAGUGAGCAAGUGCCUGUGGAGACACUGGGACAAAAACGAUUAGCUGAGAGCUCAGGGGAGGAACUGUUGCCAUCAGCCAAAAGGACCAAGUUAGAAGACAUAAUGGAGAAUGUGAAUAAUGCUUAUUCCAGUCAAGAUGAAGUGAAAGAAAAGAGUGGAAAUUUAUGUACACUCUUUGAAAAAGAUGGUCUUAAUCCAUUAAAUGGAGAAAUCCUGCUUUCAGAAGACAGACAUGUCACUUGCUGCCCAACUGGAAGCAUAUUACCUGCAGAGGAGGAACAUAAUUUACUUGUUGAUUCAGAAGUUAGAAUCAAUGCUGAAAAUUCAGGUACCUUCUCUCAGACUGUGGAAACGAGGAUAGAGUAUUCCCAACCUGUAGAUGGACAGGGACCAGGUAUUUCAGCUGACACAUCUUUGCUACAUACUGAAAUUGUAUUGCCCGUAGAAGCGGGAGGUUCACCAGAAUUAGCUGAAGCACAUUUGGUGAGUCAAAACACAGCAGGUGGACUGUCAGCUGCUGAGCCCUGCAACUCUGUCUCAGAGCAUGCAGUGGGCAUUCAGAGCACUAACUUGGCAGUGAGUGGGGAAAAUGGUCUCAAUCAAAAAUGUCAGACACCGCAAGAAGAAAACCAGAAUUUUGCUACGAAAGGACAAUCUGAACAACUUCAUGAUGCUGGUAUGACUGAGACGCAGGAAAUGGAAAAAGCUUUUUCAACACAUGUGCCAAUAAAUUAUCCACACGGUGCUCAGGCUGAGUUGCACCAGAAUCCUGUCCAGGAAGACACCCUGUCUGCUGGUGUGAACCAUGACUGCGCUUAUAACAACAUGAGUGAAUUUUCUUGUGGGACAGAGGAACAACAUGAGCUGGAGAAUGCAGUUACUGUAGAUCAAACUGUAGCUUUUGAGAUUACUGAUGAGAGCCAUGACUUUUUGACUCAGGGACAUGAACAGAUUUUUAUUCAGACUUCUGAUGGGCUUAUUUUGUCUCAUCCCAAUGCUGCUGUUUUGUCUCAGGCAGAAGGUAUUGUUAUUGUAACUGAUUCUGAUGGUACUACAAUGCACAUUCGCACACCUGAUGGGAUACCUUUGGAAACUGUGGAAGCACUACUGGCAAUGGAAGCAGAUGGCCAAAGCGAAGAUAUUCUGCUCUCACAAAGUGAAUUGGAGCCAUAAAUUAGAAUACUACACAGUCUUUCUUCUGGGAAAGACCAACUAUAUAAAAUGUAUAUUUUUCUAAUGUGAAUAGUGAGAUAACUGAAAUUUAACUUAUUUGUAAACUGUUUCUAUGCCCUAUACUUUUUAUAACUUAUGUUUAUAAAAAUCUAAAACAAUUGCAACCAAAAAUUCUAAAAUUAACAUUGUUCUCCUUGCUUUAUAUGUUGGGGGGGUGGGUAGAAAGUGGAAAUCUGUCAAUCCUAAAGCUGUUGCACUAUUCCCAUUUGUUACGCAAUUCCUUUUCUCUCUAGCCAUCUAAAAAUGCAGUAAGUUGUACUGCUUUUUGGCAGUGAUGUGCUGUGUACUGGCAAACUGUGUAUGGGUAAAAUAAAAGCUAUCUGAAAGUA